GAAUAUACGCAAUAAAGUAGGUGGUGGGCUGGUUCCUGGCAGACACAGCUAGAUGACUAAACGGGGCAGAAAGGGGAAAUGAUUCUUCGAGCAUUUGUCUGUUCUGUUUGAAUGAUUUUGGUGUUAUAGGAUAGUCUACGGAGCACGAUAUCAGGUAGGAUGAGAGACAGACUGGUUGACCUGAAGGGGGUGGCCCCCGCUUCUUCAGACAUGGACGACGGAGGUCAGGGUCGGGGCACUGAUGACGAGAAACAGCUGGAGCACCAGACAGUGGUGUUCGAAGGCGAAUACAUGAUGGACAGCAUCUUCAGAGAGGUCCAGUCAAUCAGGAAGGAGAUCGCUCUGCUCCAGGUUGAUGUGAAGUGCCUGGGCAAGCAGAACUCCCGAUUCCUCACCUCUGUCCGGAGGAUCAGCUCCAUCAAACGAGACUCCAAUGCCCUGGCCAAGGGCAUCAAGACCCGGGGGGAGGGCAUCUACACACGGCUGGAGAAGAUCAGCAUGCAGCACAAAGAGCUGGAAGAAGAGCAUGGUGCCCAUUCUGCUCUGGUCCGCAUGGUGCGCUCACAGUAUGUUUCUCUCACCGGGGCCUUCCACGAGGCCAUGUCUGAGUACAACCAAGCAGAGAUGGGCCAGAGGGAGAACUGCAAGACCCGGAUCCAGCGCCAGGCAAAGAUAAUGGGCAAGGAGGUGACCGGAGAUCAGAUUGAGGAGAUGGUCGAGACGGGAAAGUGGAACGUGUUCUCCGACAACCUCCUGGCGGACGGGCGGACGGCGCGAUCAGCGCUUACGGAGAUCGAGAACCGGCACAAGGAGCUGGUUGAGCUGGAGAGUCGGAUCAAGGACAUCCAUGAGCUGUUCUUUCAGAUGGCUCUGCUGGUGGAGGAACAGGGGGCCAUGGUGGACAACAUAGAGGCCAACGUAGUUGCAACAACAGACUUUGUGGGCAAGGCCCAGGCUCAGAUCAAGCUGGCGGUGAAGUACAAGAAGAACAACCCCUGUAGGAAGUUGUUCUGUUGCUGUUUCCCAUGCUGCAACAAGUGAGGCAGACAGACCGAUAUUAGUGUUAUUGUUUUAUCUCAAGUCAAGAUCCUCUCAAAAGUGUUUUCAUGGCCAUGACAAUGUAUUUAAAGAAGUAGAAUUAAUCAAUUUGCAGUUGUUUACACAAGUAUGCACUUGAUCCUGAAUAUUUUCAGAUGUACAGUAUGGGUGUUCCAAUGUACACUGAGUGUACAAAAUAUUAAGAACAACUUCUUAAUAUUGAGUUGAACCUACUACCAUUACCAACUGAAAGGCACUUCAGUAUUUUGUCUUGCCCAUUCACCCUCUGAAUGGCAUACAUUUACAAUCCAUGCCUCCAGACUUAAAAAUCAUUCUUUAACCCAUCUCCUCCCCUUCAUCUACACUGAUAUAAGUGGAUUUAACAGGUGACAUCAACAAGGGAUCAUAGCUUUCACCUGUCAUGGAAAGAGCAGGGGUUCCUAAUGUUUUGUGUACUCAUUGUAUGUUUAAAAUGAUUUCUGCAGUUUGAACGAGGGUGCCAUUUUGUAUGUCAUGCAGCCAUUUCUAUCUCUUAUUGUACAUUAACACCCUUGCCAAGCUGGCGUUAGGAGAGAAGACCCAGUAUCUCGAUGACAAACUGCUGAAGCUAACAUGCCAUAGUGUGAUAUGGGGUGUUCCAUUUCUUUAAUGUUGUAAAAAUAAAACAUUUGUUCGGGGCUCCAGGCUGGCAGUUAAAAGAAUACUUGAUUAGUCAAUCAAGAAUGUUUACUUGAGUGCAGUUCAAAUGUUUCCUUCUUCCACUAUUCCCUUUAACCUUCAGCUGUAUUGAAUGUUUGAUUAUUUGUCCAUUUUUUAUUUUAUUUAUGUUUUAUGACAGGAUAUUGUGAUUUUUAUUAAUACAAACGCUGUAGAAUGGC